CAAUGACAUUCAGCGGCAAUAUUAAACAAUCUCCAUCGAUCAUCUGUAUUACAUUCACAACUCUACAAAAAACAUGCAAAAUAUAUUAUUGUUUUCUCUGUUACUGGGAGGUGUGUUUAAAGCAGAAACAGAUGAGACAACAUCAGUGAUGGAAGGAGAUUCUGUCACUCUACACACUAAUCUUACUGAAAUACUGAACGAUGAUACUUUACUGUGGGUGUUUGGGCCUAAAGAAUCUGUAAUUUCUCAAAUAACGAGAAAGAGAGAUUUGACCUCAUUUUUUGUCACCGAUGAUGUGAGAUUCAAAGGAAGAUUGCUGGUGGAUCAAAACACAGGCUCUCUCACCAUCAGAAACACCAGAAAGAGACACUCAGGACAAUAUAAACUAACAAUAUCUAGAGAAAAGAUCACAUCCAGGAUAUUCAGUCUGAAUGUCUUUGGUGUGGUUGGUGAGACGGGUGGAGUGAAGUCAGUAUCAGUGAUGGAGGGAGAUUCUGUCACUCUUCAGAAUGAUGUUACUGAAUUACAAGAGGAUGAUCUGAUAGUGUGGAGGUUUGGAGAUAAAGGCAUCCUCCUGGCUAAUAUUGAUGUAGAAACAAAUGAGGCCUCAAUAAAUGCUGACGAUGAGCGAUUCAGGAACCGACUACAACUAAAUCAGACUGGAUCUUUGACCAUCAAAGACGUCAGAACUGAACACUCUGGACUUUAUGAAGUACAGAUCAGAGGCCGAGAGAGCUCACAGCAAUUCCUUGUUUCUGUCAUCGCUAUUUCUGAUCCGGGUCCAUCUACAGCUGGAAUAGUUGUUGCUGUUUUGCUGGUGGCUGCACUUUUAGCUGCAGUUGUGAUUUACUAUCGCCACAGGAUCUCUAAGCUACAAAAACAAGUGGCUGAAGAAAAGACAAAGUUAGGGGAGGAAGGGAAAUCUGUCAAUCUAGAGACUAAGACUGUACUACAGAGAGGGGAUGAGAUAAAGUGGUGGUUUGAGGAUCUCAUCCUUAUUGAAUUCACAAGAAAGGCCAGUAAAACAAAUGAUACAGAUUGUGAUGUUGUUGAUGGGAGAUUCAGAAACAAACUGGUGCUAAACGAGAAGACUGGAGAUCUCCUCAUCAAUAACAUCAGGACCUUUCACUCUGGACUCUACAAACUACAGAUCAGCCGCAAAAACGGAAAAACUGAAUACAUGAGAUUCAUUGUUACUGUCACUGUGAAGAAAGUGUCAGUGAAGGUUGGAGAAUCUGUCACUCUAGACCCUGGUCUUGAAACACUGAGUGGUGAUCUGAUAUUGUGGACGUUUGGAGCUAAAAACUGUCUGGUUAUUAAAGCCGAAUCAGGAACGACUGAUAUUAAUGAGAGAUUCAGAGACAGACUGAAGCUGGAUACUAAGACUGGAUCUCUGACCAUCACAAACACCACAGAUACAGACUUUGGACAUUUUCAACUUCAGGUCAUCAACAGGGUACGGACCAGAUACAGGAGAUUCAAUCUGACUAAUUCUGGUGAGUAGAACAACAUUUAUUAU